GCAGACUUGUUUACCAUAAUUUCAGUGAAACUCGUGUAAUUUGAAACUUUGAUCUGGCAACCCCACCAAACCGGAAUGCGCCAUACAGCGCCGCGCCGCCCGCCGCGCAGUCGUGCUACGUCACCAAAAUAAAUAAAACAACAGUUAUAAUAACUGAGUUAUCCCGAAAAAAUAACAACAGUCAAAAUAACCAGAAAAACACUCUUGCGAUGUGAAAAUUAAAAAGUUAGUGAUUUCCUGUUUCGCUAAUGGCGGCAGUGUCGUUUCUCGCCUGCGAAAUUUAGUGCAACCGUGUGUUUUAGUGCUGACCUAGAUUUAAAUGCAAUGUGACGUCAUUCGGUAAUUUUUACAAGCUUUUUAAGUUUCGGAUUUUCAUUACGGUGUAAUCGACGCAAAGAUGUAAACCAAUCCAAGUGCCAAAAUGACUCUAAAUCUGACCGGAAACCGUACCGUGGAACCGCGUUCCACGGCCUACUACUACGCUGACAUCGAGCGGCUCAAGCGGAAAAACCAGAACGGAACUCCUCACAUCACAGCCGAAGAAGAACCGAGGAACCCUGACGAGCUAAGCGAGUAUGUUGAGUCUAAUGAAGUGGUCAACGAAGGAGCUAAAGUGGACGUACCACCGUUACGAGACAGGCAGUACAGUUUACCCGAGUACACUACGCCUGAAGCGUGCAGACCUGAGGAGACCUAUUCAACAGCUGGAACAUUUCCAAUGCCAGAGCCUAAAGAGAAGGAACCGCUGCUAGCUGAGCUGGAACUUGUUGGUCGACUGCCUUUAAGCCAGCUGGAUAGUGGGUCGGGUGUCAGGAGGAGUAGGAGCUGGUAUCUCUGCUGUCCCAAUGUGGCUGAUGAGGAGGUGUCCAGGGAGUCAUCUUGGCGGUACUCGAGCCUGCGGCCGGUUACAGCGCCCCCGAUGGGAAGGAAUGGAAUUAAUUUUAUGGUAACAACUCAAAGCAGCGGGCACCACGACGCGACCACGCUCCGCUGCGAGCGCGACGCCCUCGCCCGGGCGCUGUCGGCGGAGCGGGCGCGGGCCGCCGCGGCCGCGAGAGCUCACGAUGCUAGGCUGGCUGAACUACAUGGCGUCAUAGCGGAGCUGGUCAGGAGGAGGGCGGCGGAUAAACAGGCUAGGGCUAUUCCUGAAGAGGAGGUGUCAGAUGAGUGUGAGUCAACGACUCAACCGGCGGGUGAGCUGGAUAACGACGCCGACCGGUCCAGGACAGACCAAAAUGACAGUUCGUCCCUCAUCAGCCCGGCCGAGCUGCCGACGCCUCAAGAGAAGGGGGAACCGGACUCGGAGGCUUUCAAGCAUGAGGUCCAAGUCAGGAUAGAGAAACCUCAAGAGAUGAGCUCCAGCGAGACUCAUCCCGUGGACAACUGUGAUACCAGUCUAGAUCUUUCUGCGAGAGAUUCAGAGAUCUGUCUGAGCACCGCGAGGUGUUGCGGCUACACGCGUCCACACGCGAGCUCGGGCAGCUGCGAGCGCGAGCACGGCUCGGCCGACGGCGCGCGCGUGUGUACGGCCUCGCCGCGCGACGAGCGACGAGCCAAGGUCGCGAGCAGGGUGCGACUGAGACGGACUGACGACGACACCAGCCAUGAGGAGACGUGGUGUGCGGAGGCCGCGGAGCGACUGGCGCUGGACGUGUGCGCUCAGGCGGACCUGAGGGAGGCGUUGGUUGCGGCCAGCAACGACGGUUGCGCACUGUCGGCUAGUGUGGCGGCGUGGCGCGCGCGCUGCGCCCGGCUCGAGGCGGACGCGCGCGUGCUGCGCGCCGCGCUCGCACAAGCCGCCGACACCGCGCACAGAUUAUCAUGUGCCUGUGCGGUACAAGAGUCGUCCUCGGUGUCAGUAUGUCUGGCUCUACGUGCCGCCGACCGGGCGCUAGAAACAUAUGACGUCCUGCUCGCACUCGCCGAAACCUUACACAGUCCACAAGAAGAGCGCAAAGCAGCAGAGGUAGUAGCGAAGCAGUUGCUAGCGCGACUCGACGCUGAGCAGAGUUCAGCCGCCAUAGGGGAACCGCUGUUGUCACCAGGGCCCUGGCUACAGCACGACGGACAAGCGCACACAGACAGCGAGUGGACGGAAGAUUGCGAGACACGGCUACGGGCGCACGCGGCGCGGCUCAAGAGUGACACCGUCACGCUGCGGAACGUGGGGCAAGCGCCUGCGCUGUUCUCUUACCAUGAUGUAGAAGAAGAUGACUUACCAAAAUCCGCGGGCAGCGUUAGUAUGGCAGAGAUGGAAGCGGCUGUCAUGAUGCAGGAGAUACUCGCCGCCCGCGAAGCCCGGGCCGCCGCUCGCGCCGCUCAAGUCGCCGCGGGCCGCAGGGACCCCACCGAAGACCACAAGGACCAUACAGAUUAUAAGGACCACAGGGACUACAGCUACCAGGACCACAAAGACUAUGAGCAUAAGGAUAAGGACCAUGCUCAACAUAAGGGCGACUCGACCCGCAGCCGCCGCAGACGCGAGCGCCACUGGCUGGAGACGCAGGCCUCCGAGACCGACCUCUGA